AUGGAAAUGGCGGCCGUUCAAUGCUUAAUAACGUGUGGGAAGCAAACUUGCAGUCCUAAGUGCGUCGCCGUGAAUUUUAACACCGAAAAUGCAACUUGCGAACUUCUCUCCGCACAACCAAACUCAACGUCUGAUCCUCAUAUCAUACGUGAUGAUGAGUGGGUACUCUAUACGGAAAAACGUCUAAAGGUUAAUGGAGGUCCUGGUACGUGGUCAGCUUGGGGAGCGUGUUCUACAACCUGCGGAGAUGGAGAGCAAACACGUACAAGAGCAUGUGACAACCCAGCCCCAGCUUAUGGAGGAAGCCAAUGCAAUUCAAGUGAUCUGACGGACACACGGUCUUGUAAUGAUGCAGAAUGCCCCGUAAAUGGAGCCCCUGGUACGUGGUCAGCUUGGGGAGCGUGUUCUACAAGCUGCGGAGAUGGAGAGCAAACUCGCACAAGAGCAUGUGACAACCCAGCUCCAGCUCAUGGAGGAAGCCAAUGCAAUUCAAGUGAUCUGACGGACACACGGUCUUGUAAUGAUGCAGAAUGCCCCGUAAAUGGAGCCCCUGGUACGUGGUCAGCUUGGGGAGCAUGUUCUAAAACCUGCGGAGAUGGAGAGCAAACUCGCACAAGAGCAUGUAACAACCCAGUCCCAGCUCGUGGAGGAAGCCAAUGCAAUUCAAGUGAUCUGACGGACACACGGUCUUGUAAUGAUGCAGAAUGCCCCGUUAAACCCGGUCCACCUGGUAGACCUGUCGUAUCUGUACUUAACGACACAGCUAAUGUCACCUGGACACCACCCCAAGAUGACGGGGGCGCAAAGGUCACCAAUUACAACAUUGAGAUGCGCCGUUCCGACAAUUACACAUGGAUGCUCGUGACGACUGACAAUGAUAUUCCUGGGAACAAUUACUUGUUGAGAGGUCUGACGGAAGGUGUGGAUUAUGAACUGCGCAUCGUAGCAGAGAAUGAAGUCGGGACUGGGGAACCAUCGCAACCAUCAGAAAUCUUCAAAAUUGUAACAGUUGGAAAAUUAAAAAGCAGCCCAACUGUUGCAAAGAGACAGCUGAAGUCAAGCGAAAUAUAUGAAACAUAUGAUCUUGCAGUAACAUCAAGAGGACAUAUUGUGGUAACAGGUGGGAGCAACACAAAGAUAUAUGCCAGUGAUUAUAGUCUCAUCAAAGAUAUCGGCGAAAGAUUCUAUCAUGUUACAGUUACAAGUGAUGAUCGACUGGUAUUCACUGACUCGUCUAGCACAAUCUACUUCUACACAGCAGACGGCAAUUAUAUGCGCGACAUAACAGUUACAGGGUCUUCAUAUGAUCUACGUGGUAUUACUACACUAUCUACUGGUCAGUUGGUUGUGUGCGAUGGAAAGACAGACAGAGUGUAUAUUGUUAAACAAGAUACAGGGAAUGCAACACCACUCUCUGCUUCUGGUACGUUUGAAUGGCCUCUCUAUGUGACAACAAACAGCAAACGAGUAGUUAUAGUGAGUGACCGUUACGGACAUUCUAUAAAGGGAUUGGACCAGGAUGGCCAAGUACUCUUCAGUUAUGGUACAAGAGGAUCGGGGGAGGGGCAGUUGGAAUAUCCACGUGGUGUCGACACAGAUAAGGAGGACUACAUUGUGGUAGCAGACGCAAGCAACGACAGAGUACUACUACUCACCCCCGAUGGCAUGUUCCAUAGUUACCUCCUAACAGAGAGUGAUGGCUUGUCCUACCCACGUGCUGUUUGGAUAAACCAAGACGGACAUUUACUGGUUGGGGAUAAGAAUGGACAAUUAUUCACUAUCAUAUACAGAGAAAAUGGUAAAUAUAACACGAUAACAUAUAGUAGAACCACAGACUUUGAGUAGAACACUAUGCGACAAUACUAAAUGAAUAUUCUAUAGUCUACUCUGUGACCCCCUUCUAUAUGACUAAACACCUUCCAGCAUAGAGUUGUACAAGGGCGUGCAGUGACUCCAGCUAUUAUAAUGUAUGCCUUUAAACAGAUCGCAAUGUAAAUGAAAACUGCAUACUAAUUAAUAAAUCGUGAAACAUAUAAUGAUGUAGUUAAGUGAACAAACUAUAUUAAAUUGCACUUCAAUAUUGUUUUUCAGUCAAUGCCUGAUGUAGGAAAGGAGAGUUCCAAACAUGACCAACAACACCAAGCUUUGUAUAAAGUCCAACAUACUAGAUACCGUAAAAAACAGUCUGACGUUUAAACAACAAAUUCGUUUAAUGAGAAUAAACCAUAAAAUAUAAAACGCCAAUCAAGACUAAUAUGAACAAUUACUACUGAACACGACAAUGGUAUCCAAUAAUUGCAAUAUAUAAUACGAUGGAGAACAGUUCACAGUACACAUCGGAUGAUAUGCAAUUUUUAAAGAAAUAUACUGUCGGCGUACUAUUGACAAUCGUGCAUUUUGUUUCAAAUUGUCCGAC